UCACAUGAUCGUGGAGUCAAACAGGAAGGGGACCAAACAGCAACAACGAAUAUGGACGACUCUCCAAUCAGCUUCACGCCUGAGAGAUAUUGGACAGAGGAGAAAGAAAGGACACUCAUUUCAUUCUUUUCCAAGAACAGUUGCCUGUGGAACCAUAAAUUAGAAAGCUACAAAAAUCGACAGCUGAGAUGGAAAAUGCUGGAACAUUUAAGAAUUCUUCUGUCUGCUCAACCCCCACCAGCUCCGUUUACAGUGGAAGACAUCAAGAGCAAGUUCAAAAACCUUCGUACCACCUUUCAACGGCAGUACAAAGCGGUGAAGGCGAGCGAGCUGUACAGUCCGGAUGUGUUUGUACCGCAGUGGAAGCACUAUCAGCAGCUGAUGUUCCUACAGGCUGCAGGCCUGGAUGCCUGCAAUGAUGCCCCACUGCAGUCGUCUUUAAUUGUUUCACAGGAGAGCCCACAUGUUCUCACCAACCCUGGACUUAUCAUCUCCAUCCUUCCUCCUGAAACCUCCACCACAACCACCUCGUCAUCAUCUUACAUCCUCUCAAACAUGGUAGCUAAAUCAUUUUGGACAGAAGAGAAAGAACGUGAGCUCAUUGAUUUCUAUGCAGCGCACGGCUGCCUGUGGAACAAGAAGUCUAAAAAUCACAACAAUCGGCUGCUCCGAUUGAAACUUCUGAAGAUUCUCAGGAGACGGUUGUCCGACCAGACUUCGUCUUUCUCAAUUGAAGAUAUAAAAUGCAAGUUCAAGAAUCUUCGGACAGUUUUUAACCGUGAAUACAAAGUGGUCCAAGUGAGCGAGACAUCUGAUAAGCAUUACCACUCCAAAUGGAAGCAUUACCAGCGGCUGCUCUUCCUCUGCGAGUGGUGCAAAGAUGAAGAGAGCCCGGACAAUUUGCAGGAAGUGACACCACAGGAAGCAAAAGUGCUGGAGUGUGGAAACCAGUUAGCAUUGUCCACCACGGGCAACUCCUCAUGCGCCACUCAAACUAACAAUGACAGCAACACUUUCACUUCCUUUGCCAUUAAACAGACGGAUGCCUACACCAAUACCACUGCCAACCUCCAAAUGGUUGCUGCAGCUCCAGAUUACCUUGAACCACAGAACCAAAAACCUGUUUCCACAUGCCCUAAUUCACGAUCCAGUUCACCAUUGGAUAGCAAACCUAGUACAAAACAUCUCCCCAGAAGGAUUUCGGAAUUCAGUCCAGUUAAACUAGAAUGUGGGCCGGUUUCUAACUCCCGCUGCCAGUGGAAUGAAAGUAAAGUUCAUCAGCUCAUCUCAUUUUACUCCGAGCAUGACUGUUUGUGGAACUAUAAGUCAGUGAGGUACAAGAACAAGUUAAUGAGACAGAGUCUGUUGGAGACAUUGAGCGUCUUACUCUCCUCCAAUGAACAGCUCCCCUUUACAGUGGAAGACAUCAAGACAAAGUUUAGAAACCUGCGAACCAUCUUCCAACGUGAACAUAAGGCAGUGAACUCUAACAAAAUCUGUGGUUCUGAAGACUUUUAUGUACCCAAGUGGAAACACUACAGAGAGCUUAUGUUCCUCUGUGACUCUUGUGACGAGGAGCAGCAACAGCCUGGAGACGUUCCCUUUGAACAACCAGUGGACAUCAGCCUCCAUCCUCCAGACAACCAAGCCCCUCUCACUUCCUCAUCCCAACAGUGCCACGACUCACUUGAAACUACCAAUCAUACAGCUAGCAAAAUAAAGACACUUGAAUCUCCACCUUCACCUCCUCCACUGGACCCCCAACACUCAAUGUCCUCGUCCUCAUCCUCAUUAUCCUCAUCUCAGCCCGACUGCGGCGUCUUGGGGCACAAACGCGUGAACCAACAGCAGCCACCUGCCGCCAUUGAGGUACUGGACUUCAUGAAGAGAUUCUACCAAAGUCAGAUAAACUCACCACAUGCUGGUUUCCUGAAGUAUGUGGAGGAGUGUCUUAUUGAGGCACCGCCGGACAAAGUGAAGCGAAUGAAGAUGAAGAUUAUUGAGACAAUCCACAACAUGUCGGAGGAUGUUUAAACUGGCCCAAGAAAGAUUUGAACCUCAAUCCCGGCGGCUGGUCCUGUGUAAGACUUGUGUUGCCCUCAUAAUUUCCACUCAAGCAGGAGAAGAGCAGCUCAUGUGCAAUGUGCACGAUAGCUUCUUGAACGUAAUUGAAAAGAUGUUAAAAGCCCCUUAGCAUGAACACAGUUUUUAACGUUUUAUCACACAACUGGGCAAGUUGCCGCUAGGUAGCGCAAAUUCCCCACAAACUAUGUAUGUGUUACUGCCAUCCCUCGCUAUAUCACAAUUCACCUUUCACGGCCUUGCUGCAUCACUGAUUUUUUUUUUUACAGUGCAUUCAUUGUGUUAUGGCUUCAGAUGAAAAAAACACUACAGAGCGGAGUCAAGCCGCAGAGGCGCACUAUAUAGUACGUACUUUUUAUUGAUGAUCAAAAUUAUUAUUUUACUGUAGCUAUCUGGGAGAAAGUGUUUACUUUGUUAAACAAAUGCUUGGGCCUGAAAACAAGUUUUGUCCUUUGGUUUCAAUGUUAUACCUGUAUAAUAAUGGUAAAAUAAAGGUUUCUGCUUCAA